CGAGGAACGGUACGGCACGACGUAGGGUAGGGUAGGAAGGCAAGGCGCGCACCGCCUGGCAUCCACGCGGCAUCGCGGCAGUCAUGGCUAGUCCACGUAUAUCCUUUAUCGGGGAGAUGUCACUCGGUGUCCGCGACGCGCGACGACGGUAGGCGCCCUGCGAGACGGCGGAGGCGGCUCGCGACGCCCGCUCCGUAGUGGAUAAAGUGAGCGGAGGGGUAGGUCACUACGUCUUCCUCGUCUCGAUGUUGAGCACCGAUGACUCAACAUCGGUGAACGAACGUCUGCGAGGCGGCAGCCUCGUAUUCGCGCGCGACCGGGGAAUCCCGCUGUAAAAGGAAAAAAUCCUCCCCCUCUCCUUUCUCCUUUCCCCCCAAAAAGAAACAAAACAAGAAGAGAGAGAGAGAGAGAGACAGAGAGAGAGCGCGCGCGGUGGUUGAAAUUCGCGAGAAGUCGGGAGAAGCGCGAUUCGGUUAUCUCUCUGCAUCCCCUACGAUGCGAAGAACGAGAACGUAACGCCGUCGGAGGAGCGACGAGACAGUUAUCUCGCUCCCCAUCCCACCUCGGGAAAACUCCGGGAAGAACCGCAGCAUCCCGCGCAUUUGCCGCGCGUAACGCCGGUAACACCAUUGUCCGUUACGUUCGCACGCGUUCGUAUCCAGCCCGUUACGUAACAUGGUAGAGAGCACCUAUGCGAGCGACUCGCCGAGAUCACGCUCGCCCAUGACAGAGCCAUCGAGUCCGCUGCACUCGGAUGGUCCCGGUAUAUCCGGCUACGGGCACAGCUAUCUCUACAGCUACUCGCCGGACGCGCAGAACCACGUAUCGCCGCCGACGACGAGGCGCAGCAAUCAUCAUCAGAACGAGACGACGGAUGCCGCGCACGAGCGCGCGUUCACCAGGAGUCCGAUCGGCACCGGGGAGGAGACGGUGUCGCCGAUGUCGCGGCACCGCGGCCAGCCGACCAUCGUUCCCUCGCGUCCCGCAACCUCCGCCUCUACCAUGUCGUCCCCCACCUCGCUCUUCACCAUCGACAGCAUCCUGGCGCCGAGGCCGCCGAUCGGCAGCGUCGUCGUCGCGCCCACCAGCACCACCACCGUCGCCGCCUCCGUAAUCCAGACACCGGAGACGAUCGAGUCGGCGACCGGUCGCACCACCACCACCACCGCCGCCACGGCGAUGCAUCCGUUGCAGCAGCAGCUGCACCACUUGGCCUUCACCUCGGCGGAUUUUCUCGCCGCGGCCUACCCAGGACUGUACCCCGGAGGAUACGUGGCGGCGAUGGCCGCCGCCGGCGUUUCCCUCCACGGACAGCCGGCCUUCUACCACGCCGGCCAUCCCUACCAGAUAAACCCGAACAAUCCGGGAAUGGGCCCGAUGGCGAAGAGGAAACGCCGCCACCGGACGAUCUUCACGGAGGAGCAGCUCGAACAGUUGGAGGCCACCUUCGACAAGACGCACUACCCCGACGUGCUCCUGCGGGAACAGCUGGCCCUCCAGGUUGACCUCAAGGAAGAAAGGAUCGAGGUAUGGUUCAAAAACCGUCGCGCCAAGUGGCGGAAGCAGAAGCGAGAGGAGCAGGACCGCAUCCGGAAGCUGCAGCUGGAGCAGCGUCAGCGCACAGACGACGGCGGCACCGUAGCGACGGUGAUGGUGGGCGAUCGUCUGGGCCUGAACAGGCAGCAGCAGCAGCAGCAGCAUCAGCAGAAGAUCGAGCAGGACACGGACAGCUCCGACCUCGAGGUAGCGUAGUGCGGUGACGACGAGACGACGGGUCUCUCGCCCAACGGUAAAUCGAGGAGGUCGGGGAGGACGAUGGAGGACGGCCCGGUGCUAUCGCGCUCUUAUCGACAAUGUGUAUGGGCAUGUACAUACGUGAUGACUGCGCUGUAAAUACCAUUGUAAAUAUGACUAACGAUGAAUGUGUACAAUACCGAAAUAAAUUAUUGCAUCGAGA